AUGGGGAGCAUGCGACCGAGUACUAUUUAUUUGAACGACAUUAAGCCUAUUCGUUGAUGAUACAUUUAUAAUUUAAAGAGUAUUAUAUACUUUUAAUAAUAAGUUAGUCAGCGAGCUUUCAAAUUGCAGAAUAAGUUGAAUGUCUUUUUUUUUUUUUGUAAAGUUUGAAAGUUUAGUUGAGACAAGCACUGAAAAUACAGGCUUAUAUUUAUAAAUAACUUGAAGUUGAAUAUUGUAAUUUGUAUUACUUCUGAUUAUUAUUAUUAACUAUUAUGCCAUGAUCACUGUGUUAGAGUAUUGCGUUUUAAAUUGAAAUUGAAUUAGGUCUAGAAAGAGGAAGUCGAACUACAAUUUAUGUAGAAGUAAACUACAUAGGAUAAUUAUGCUGAGACUGAGAUAGACGUGAGCUGUUUUAUAUUAACUAUUUUUACGCUUUGGCUCAAAAUUUGGAUUGGAUAUACACAGCCAACUGUAUUUUUAAAGAUGAAGCGUUUUUAUCCAGUUAAUAUUGGCUUUAGAACUUUUCACCAACAGAUAAAGCUAAGAAGAUUGUUUACUAAGCCUUGCAUUAAAAUUUGUGUUAGUAGUGUAGCUUUAAACAGACAUUUCAGUAACUAUGGAAAUUUUUAUGUAAAUCCAAAUACUGAUACUACCAGGUCUACUUCUGCUAGAACUAGAAGUUAUAGUUGUAGUUCUACAAGUCCACAUAUAGGUAAAGGUGAUCAAAUUAAACAGGGGUGGUUACGUCGUGGUGUAGCUACAUGGUCCCCUUUAGCUGCAGCAUUUAAUAACUGUUCUAGUAUUAAAAGGCCGAGUUUCAACUUGCUUUCCCAAAAAACGGGAUUGUUUGGCUACAAAGUCCUUCAAGAACCAGAUGGAUUUUAUCUGCUAAAAGAAGAAGCCAUGUUGGAAACGGAUAAACUUGUCAGGGAAGCAACUAGCCAAAACCGAACAAGAAAGAUGGUACAGAUAUUUGAUGAACUCUCAGAUACCUUGUGUAAAGUAGCUGACAUGGCAGAGUUUGUUAGAAUAGGACAUCCUCAGAACCGAUUUGCUAAAGCUGCGGAAAAUGCCUCAAUGGCAAUAAGUGGGCUUGUAGAAAAGUUGAAUACAAAUCGUGAAUUAUAUAAUGCUUUGAAGAAAGUGACCCAGGAAGGUGAUAUUGUCCUGACUAAUCCAGUUGAUGAACAUGUAGCUGAACUGUUUUUAUUUGAUUUUGAGCAAAGUGGAAUUCAUGUAGAUGAUCUAAUGAGAGAGAGAGCUGUAGCACUGAACGAAUACAUCCUUCAUAUUGGCUCUCACUUUGUGAAUGGAACCAAUCAGCCUAAAUCUGUACUGAAAUCUCAGUUACCUGAAAACAUAAGACAGUGCUUUUCAAUAGAAGGGGAAAGUAUUCUAGUCACAGGACUGUUUGCUGAUUCUGAGAAUGACUUGGUGCGAGAAGCAGCUUAUAAAAUAUACCUCUUUCCAGACAGUCAUCAAGCAAAACUCCUUGAUGAACUACUAAUCUCUAGAAAUGAGCUUGCAAACUUGUGUGGUUUUCCAACCUAUGCUCACCGGGCAGUAAGAGGAAGUCUUGCUGGGGAUCCUCAGACUGUGAAGGAAUUCCUGGAUAUUCUUUCAGAUGGCUUAAGAGAAAGAGCCCAAAAUGACUAUAAUGACAUGCUACAGUUGAAGAGAAGUAAAAAUAGAUACGAGUCGCAAAUAAUGCCUUGGGAUAUCCCUUAUUAUACAGCAGUUGCAAAGCAAAACAGUUAUAGGAAAGAAAGGUUUAACAUCAAGAAUUCAGACUUCUGUCCAUAUUUCUCUCUGGGUAUCUGUAUGGAAGGCUUGAACAACCUUUUCCAGUCUUUGUUUGGAACAACAUUUGAUGUAGAGGAAUGUUGUCCUGGUGAACUGUGGCAUAAAGAUGUUAUAAAACUAAGUGUUCACGAAGAAGGCUCAAUACUAGGGUAUAUCUACUGUGAUUUCUUUGAAAGGCCAGGCAAGCCUCAUCAGGACUGUCAUUUUACAAUCCAAGGAGGAAGACAGUUAGAAAAUGGAACUUAUCAACUACCUGUUGUAGUACUGAUGUUGAACCUACCAUCACCUACUUGGAGUAGUCCUUCUCUCCUUACUCCUGGAAUGGUGGAUAACCUAUUUCAUGAAAUGGGUCAUGCAAUGCAUUCUAUGCUUGCACGCACUCCAUAUCAACAUGUUACGGGAACUCGUUGUGCUACAGAUCUUGCUGAAGUUCCAUCAAUUUUGAUGGAACAUUUUUCUUCUGAUCCAAGGGUAGUUCUACAGUUUGCCAAACAUUAUCAGACAGGGGCACCGAUACCCCACAGUCUGAUAGAGAAAUGGAAUGCUUCUAAACAGCUAUACUCUGCUAGUGAAACCCAACUCCAAGUAUUUUAUGCUGCUUUAGAUCAAGUAUUCCAUGGGGAACAUCCCCUCAACAAGUCAACCACAGAGAUCUUGGCAGAUGUACAAAACCAGUAUUAUGGAAUCCCGCAUGUACCAAAUACAGCAUGGCAGCUAAGGUUUGGUCAUCUCGUUGGAUAUGGAGCAAAGUACUAUGCCUACCUCAUGUCUCGAGCUGUUGCUUCUUGUAUCUGGCAGGUUUAUUUUAAGGAUGAUCCAUUUAGUUCUUCGGCAGGGGAAAGAUACAGGAGAGGAGUAUUGGCUCAUGGUGGCUCAAGACCACCAAGAGAAUUGAUUCAAGAUUUCCUUCAACGUCAAGUUACCCCCACAACUCUUGCAGAAUCAUUAUUAAAUGACAUUGAUGGGAAAGUUUGAUUAUUCUUCUGAGAUUUGUAAAAGUGGCUAUUCCAUCUAGGGAAGAUCCAUUGAAGCUGCUUAGUUUGGAUAUAGAUUUUUUGUUUUUAUCUUUGGAAGAUAUACUGUAGUGGAUAGUGUGUACUAGAAGAAUUUAUUUUUUUUAUUUAAAAAAAAUACCUAGAAAUUUAAUCUGUGAGAGAAACUUUGAAGUAUUGAAAGAAGUAGUUAAGUAUUUAAACGUAUUUCAUAAUAUACCAAAAGUGUUUGAACUGUUAAGCAAAUUAUUUUUUAUUGCCAAGUAUAAAAUUUAAAUACCAUAUAUGUAUUUUGAUUUUCAAUUUUUUUCAUAUGUUUUGACGGUUCUUGUUGAUUAACAUUACCUACUGGGAAAUAAGACUAUUUUUUCUUCUCCCUUUUGCAUGGGAUUCAAAGUUUGUUACUUUAAAUUGUAUGUUUAAAAGUUUUAUUUAGAAUAAUUGUUAAACUUAUCACCAGCUGAAGAAGUUAUAUACUUGGCUUAAGAUGAUUAAAACGACACAUAACAUUAGUAGUAAAAAAAACAACAGUUUCUUUUGAGACAUCUGUAACUGCAAGCCAAUAUUGUGAGGAUUUGAUGUUGUCUUUAUCUUUGCUACUUUAAAGUAAUUGCUGAUAAAAAUCAAGAUAAAUUUGUUACAAUAUGCAAGAUUAAAAUUUGUUUCAAAGCACAGUUGACUUAAUAAAGGUGUGUUAGUCAGUCUACUAUUAAAAUAAAAAAAAGAGUAAUAGAACUACAUCUCUGUUAUAAGUUGGAGAACAGUUUGAGAAUUUUAAUCUUUGAUUGAGGAGUGAUAAUAUGAGUUGUAAUUCUAGAAUAACUCAGGAGACAGUUUGUUUAUAAGAACUUCUAAGCUUUCUUAGGUUUAUUAAAAUUUUGUUGCAAAUCAAAUAAUGAUAGCUUAUUCUAUAGUUUGAUGAUAGUAAUAUUUCAGUUAUGAAAACUGCUCUCUGUGAAGACGUAGUUGAUUUUUAAUACAAAUUUGUAUUGAUUAGGGAGUUAACAUAAUGUUUAAUGUAUAUAGUCAGU